AUGCCCAUUUAUGUGAACAUUAGUCAUUUUAUUUCCCCCUUUUCUCAUAGCCACCACAAGGCACCAAGGAACCUAACAGGAAAUAAUGAAUUUCUUCUUAUGGGAUUUUCAGAGGAGUCAGAAUUGCAACCCCUGAUAUUUGGACUUUUUCUCUCCAUGUACCUGAUCACUGUGUUUGGAAACCUGCUUAUCAUCCUGGCUGUCAGCUCAGACUCCCACCUCCAUACUCCCAUGUACUUCUUCCUUUCCAAUCUGUCCUUUGUAGACAUCUGCUUCACCUCCACCACCAUCCCAAAGAUGCUGUGGAACAUCCAAACCCAGAAUAAAGUCAUAACCUAUGAAGGCUGCAUCAUCCAGAUGUACUUUUUCUUACUUUUUUCCGGACUGGACAUCUUCCUCCUGACCGUGAUGGCCUAUGACCGAUAUGUGGCCAUCUGUCACCCCCUGCACUACAUGGUCAUCAUGAACCCCUGGCUCUGUGAACUGUUGGUGCUGGUGUCCUGGAUCAUAAGUGCCCUGCAUUCCUUGUUAGAAACCUUAAUGGUGUUGCAACUGUCCUUCUGUACAGUCUUAGAAAUCCCUCAUUUUUUCUGUGAAGUCAAUCAGAUGAUACAACUUGCAAAUUCUGACACCUUUCUCAAUAAUGUGGUGAUGUAUUCUGGAGCUGUGCUGCUGGCUGGUAGUUCCCUCGUGUGUAUCCUUUACUCUUACUCUAAGAUAGUUUCCUCCGUACAAGGAAUGGCAUCAGCUCAGGGGAAGUAUAAAGCAUUUUCCACCUGUGCAUCUCACCUCUCAGUUGUCUCCUUAUUUUAUUGCACAGGCUUAGGAGUUUACCUUAGCUCUGCUGUUAUUCACAGUUUACACUCAAGUGCAAGAGCCUCAGUGAUGUACACUGUGGUCACACCCAUGCUGAACCCCUUCAUCUACAGUCUGAGAAAUAAAGACUUACAGAGAGGUUUGAAAAUGUCCUUUGGAAAGGUAAGUAUAAAAGCCCUAUUUUCCUAG